AUGAAAGGUACUGGCGUAGGAGGGAAACAUAUCGAAGAAGGGGAAUGGCAGGUGGUUAAAGGUCGGAGAAGGAGAAGUCUCACUUCCUAUUUCUUUUCACAUUUUCCAGAGAAUUUUGAUGCAAAGGCCAUGUGGGAAGUAUUCAAACUUUAUGGUGAUGUGGAUGAGGUGGUUAUUCCGGCAAAGAGAAAUAAGGAGGGCCUACGAUUUGGCUUUGCCAGAUUCUGGGAUGUGAUGGAUCCAAAACAGAUGGAGAGAAAGCUUGAUAAUAUCAUUAUUGGUUGUAAUAAGUUAUAUGUGAACCUACCACGUUUCAAGAAAGAGGAGACGAAUCGGGAGAGUGGGCGAAUGGAUGUUCAAGCAACCAAGGCUGAUCGUGGAAAGAUUAUUCAGAAGAAGAUGCCAGCAAUGGAUAGGGAAAAGAUGGAAUGUCAAGCUCAAAAGAGACCUGGUAGAUCAUAUAAGGAGGUCUUGGAGAAUGUGAAAGGGUAUGUGGAGGUUCCUGUGGAGCCAAAGGAAGUAGAGAGAGUAAUUGAGAUUGAAGAGGAAGUGGCACCGUGGCUGAAGAACAGCUGGAUAGGAAGGCUAAAAAGGGUGGAUUUACUAAAUUCAAUCCCAGAAUUAUUUAUUCUUGAAGGAAUCAACUGUGUACGUGUAAAGUAUAUGGGUGAUAACCUUGUGCUGAUCACUGGGGUGGAAGGGUCGAAGAUUAAGGAAAUAUGGAAGCAGGCAGAUGGCUGGCUCAAUGAUAUGUUUGAAGAAAUGUAUCCUUGGAGUCCCAAUUUAACACCAGAACAGAGGAUCAUUUGGCUCCGAUGUGAAGGAAUCCCUCUGCACCUUUGGAAGGUCAAGUUCUUCCAGGAGCUGGUUAAUGAGGUAGGAGAGAUCGUAGCAGUUGACGGAGAUACUAUUAAUUUUGAGAAGGUUGAUGCAGCUCGCCUCUGCAUUCGCACACCUUCUAUGGAACCAAUCUUCUUACACUACAAGGUAAAGAUCAAGGAAAAUGUAUUUAAUGUCAGGUUGGUGGAGGAGUUUCCAACGUAUGGAUCUUGUGAUGGAUGUAAAAAGGAUCAAUCAUGCUCUUCAGAGGACAAUGAAUCAUCCAGCUGGUCAAUGUUUGGGGUUGGGUCUCCGCCGGCGAGCCCGUCAGGCCAUAGCAGCGGUGGCGGAAUGAGGGAAGUGGAUGAGCCGGGGCUUCAUGGGGAGGAGAGAGAGGUAGUGAGAGAAACACUUUCCCAGCCGAAAUCCCCUUUAAGAUAG